ACUGCGAGACGUGGCAUCCCCGCAUAUCACUUCACUUCUCUUGUUCAUGUCUUCUCGAAUUCGAGUGGCAUUCGACGUUCUGUAACGCUUUACCUUUACUAUUCGAGUCUUUAGUUUUUGAUCGUACAUUUUCAUCUAGCUGAUUAUUUAGAGAUAGAAUUCCAAAGUUCAGUCAUGGGAAGUGAAAAGAAAAUCAUUCUGGUCACCGGCGGCAGCGGUUUAGUAGGACAGGCCAUCAAGCAAGCCAAGCAGCAAGAUCCCAGGGAGAACGAGACGUUUAUUUUCCUCACCUCCAAAGAUGGAGAUCUUAAGGACCCUGCAGCAACACAAAGAAUUUUUGAAAGAUAUAAACCAACUCAUGUCAUUCAUCUUGCUGCUAUGGUUGGAGGGCUAUUCAACAAUAUGCAGCACAAUUUAGAUUUUUUGCGGAACAAUAUUCUUAUCAAUGAUAAUGUACUUCACAACAGCCACAAGUUGGGUGUGAAAAAAGUUGUGUCAUGCUUGUCAACUUGCAUAUUUCCAGACAAAACUUCAUACCCAAUUGAUGAAACUAUGAUCCACAAUGGUCCUCCACACCCUUCAAACUUUGGUUAUAGCUAUGCGAAGCGGUUGAUUGAUGUCCAGAACCAUGCUUACAAUCAGCAACAUGGUUGUCACUUUACUUCUGUGAUUCCAACUAAUGUCUUUGGAGCUUAUGAUAACUUCAAUUUGGAGGAUGGUCAUGUCAUACCAGGACUUAUUCACAAAGCUUACAUCGCGAAAAAGGAAGGGAAGCCGUUGGUUGUUGCUGGAUCUGGGAAACCGCUGCGUCAGUUCAUUUAUUCGAUAGAUUUAGCUAAAUUAUUCCUGUUUGUACUUCGAGAGUAUGAAGAGAUUGAGCCCAUUAUCUUGUCAGUUGAUGAAUCGAGUGAGGUGUCUAUCGGAGAGGUUGCGAAGAUGAUUGCGGAUGCUUUCCAGUUGGAACAUGGAAUUGUCUUAGACGAAACCAAGUCGGACGGACAGUUCAAAAAGACGGCUUCUAACAAGAAAUUGCGAGGCUAUCUACCCGACUUCCAAUUCAUGCCACUCAAGGAUGCUAUUGAUCGGACGGUUCAGUGGUUCAACCUCAACUACAAUACGGCCCGCAAAUAAUCAUUCUGAAUCAUAUGAUUAUAAAAUGCCGUCCUGUGUAAUGGUAUUCUCCAUUGGCUAAAAAAAAAAGAUAUUUUCCAUUUUCCAGUGUAAAAUAUUCUUUUUCUAAAUUGUGGUCACUGGUUACUAAUAAACAGUUUUGAGGGAG